UGUUGUGUGACAAGACACUUCACUCAAAAAGUUCGAAAAAUUUAUCUUAAAAAACUGAAAAAACAGCUUUACAUUUAAAAUGUUGUUGGGAAAAACUUACGCGAGACUGUUAAAAAAUCACUUUCUUUUGAUGCAAUCGGUUCAAACAGCAUUACUAAUGAGCACUAGUGAUAUUUUGGCACAAUUUGCAGUUGAGAAGAAAACUCUGCGUCAGUACGAACCGAGAAGAACGGCGGAAUUCGCUUUCUUAGGUGCUGCUUUUGUGGGUCCAGCACUUUCGAUUUGGUAUAAGGUUCUACAAAGAAAGUUUGGAAGCGAUAAAACCUUACAAACCGGAAUCAAGAAAAUGAGUUGCGAUCAACUUCUAUUUGCGCCUGUAUUUUUGCUUGUAUUCGUGAGCAGUGUUGAAGUCUUGCAUGGAAACAAUAUGGAGGGGAUCAAAGACAGUUUAAGGAAAAAGUAUAAAGAUAUCGUGAUUACGAAUUGGAAAAUAUGGCCGGCGGUGCAGAUGAUCAAUUUUUCUGUGAUGCCUUUAAAAUACCAGGUGUUGUUUGCACAAUUUGUAGCCGUGUUUUGGAACGUGUAUCUGAGCUGGAAAACACAAAAUAAGUGAACAGACAUUACUUACUGAAUCUAGAUAAUUAUGUUGUUUAGUUGAAGUUAUAAGUUGCAAUGUAUAUUAAGAUUACAACUUAUAACUUAUACACUAUAUACUAUAUAUUAUAAUGUAGGUACACUUAUUAGA